AUGUACGAAACCAGAACUGCAGAGAAGGGACACGCCCUGGCUGCACUGCUAGCAUAUUUUCCUGUGGACGACAUAGAAACAGUUGUCGGAGAAGAAAAAGAGUUUUUCAAACCCAUAGAGUCAGCCACUGACCAGACUGGGGGCGAGUCAUCAAUGGAGGUCGAUACACCUGAACCAUUAUGGACCGUAUUUACUAAUGUCUCAUCAAAUGUUGGUGGAUCUGGAGUUGGAUGUGUCAUCCUUACUCCCGAAGGUUCGAGGAUCGAGAAAGCGACCAUAUUGGGUUUUCAAGCAUCAAACAAUGAAGCUGAAUAUAAAGCAGCAAUUAUCGGCUUAAAGGAUGUCAAACAAUUAGAUGCGAAGAACGUGAAGCUCGUAACUGAUUCCAUGCUAGUAGUUAACCAGUUUCGGGGGACCUAUAGAGCCAAGGAAGAGAGGAUGGCCCUAUAUUUGGAUCAUAUGAGAGAGAUGGCAAAUGAAUUCGACCAGUUCUCUAUUGGGCAGCGACCACGGCUGGAAAACAGGCACGCAAAUGCUUUAGCAUACCUAAGCUCCGCAGUCGAUACUGAUACCACCUGUUUCAUUGUGGUGGAUUUCCAAAAGUUACCUAGCAUCUCCGACAGCCACUUUGUUUUGGCUCUCGAACACGCUAGUGGGUGCGAGAGGGCAACUACAUCAGCAUAG